AAUUUUCUUUAUCGUAGAAAUCCCAUCUUCUCGACUCCGCCCCGGGCGCCGCCCUUCCCGAUCUCUUGUUAGUCUAUCAGUGGCUCCAUUAUCAUACAGAGUUUAAGUUUUAGGGUUAAGUAGGCCGCCCAUUCCUAAAUCAUUCAGGGUUCCUCAACUUCGUCGAGACCGAGGCAAGGUCGGUCAGAGGGGUUUUAUUUCGAUCUGGAGUGGAUGAUGCAAUCUGCUAAAACCCUAUCGCAAGCGCUGAUCACAAGGUUUUUGGAAUUUCCUAGCAUUUUUCUUGUGAGAAGUAGCCUGGUAGUUAUUUGUCUCGAGGGAAGGAAAUGCACUAGCUUGUUCAAUUCCUUGUCAUUGCUAACGUAGAACCAAAGUUUUAGUAGUUCUGAUUUGGGUUUUGUGACUGUAAGAGGAACAAGUUCAAGAAGGGAACGUGUGAGGAUUCUUGAGAGUCAGAUUACUACCAAAUUCGUCAGCUUGCCAAGAACUAUGUCGAAAAGCUGUGCCCUCUCCACAAAAUCCGAUUUGAAUCACAGGAAUAAGGUAGCAGGAAGAGUGGAAUAUAUGCUUAGCGAAAAUGAUGCGGUAAUCAUUGUUGACCAUGGAUCCCGACGGCAAGAAUCUAAUGAUAUGCUAAAUGAGUUUGUUGCGAUGUUCAAAGCUAGAACAGGCUAUCAGAUAGUAGAGCCUGCUCAUAUGAAAAGAUUCAUUGAUGUCAAACUUUCUUCACUCUUGAUGCAAGAAAAGCAGGAAAUUGUUGACUCAUGUUGUUUCCACUUUACCAAACCAACUCACUAUCUCUAUUUGCUCUCUGAAUUAGCUGAACCAUCAAUCAGUGAUGCAUUCAAAUUAUGUGUGCAAAAAGGAGCAACACGAGUUAUUGUUAGUCCUUUUUUCCUUUUCCCAGGACGGCACUGGCUUCAGGAUAUCCCAGCUUUAGUCACUGAUGCAUCCAAGUAUCAUUCUGGCAUAUCAUUUGUCAUAACUGCACCUCUUGGUCUACAUGAACUUAUGGUGGAUGUCAUGAACGAUCGGAUAAAAUACUGUCUGAGCCAUGUAGCCGGCGAUGCUGAUGAGUGCAGUGUGUGUGCUGGAACAGGAAAAUGCCGCUUGUACCAAACUUAACAUACACUUCACAUCUGAAAACUAGAAAGAAGAUUUUUUUUUUUUAAGAGAAAGUUGUAUUUGUCAUCGAUACCAUCAUAUUACUGUCAAACUAGAUGAUUGUUCACAUUUAGAAUG